AUGGCUUUCUCACGUCUCGCUGGUGCUGCUCUCGCGGCCCUGGCCCUCGUCCCACACGUCGUCUCCUCGUCGGCAAACCCCAUAGUACGCACCAGCUAUGGCCACAUCAUGGGUGCCACAUCCGAGUUCCGCGAGGGCGUCUCGACGUUCAAGGGAAUUCCCUAUGCAGAGCCACCCGUGGGCGACCUUCGCUGGCGGCCGCCCGUCAAGCCCGCACCCUGGGGCUCAGAAGUCCUCAACGCCACGGCCUUUGGGAAUCAAUGUAUACAAACGUUUUCCAAUAUCAACCAGAGCAUCUGGACGAACAUGUAUCUGCCUGUCAGUGAAGACUGCCUGUAUCUGAACGUCUGGACGUCGAAUCUAGACUUGGACGCCAAGCAGCCAGUGUUUCUCUGGAUGCAUGGUGGGCGCUUUUGGGACGGCAGCGGCGAGGUUAUAACCUUUGACGGCUCGGGACUUGCUGCUGAGGGUAUUGUCGUGGUGACUAUCAACGACCGGCUGGGACCUCUUGGCUACCUCGCCCAUCCUGAGCUGGCUGCAGAGUCUCCACACAACGUCAGCGGCAACUAUGGUGUGAUGGACAUGAUUGCCUCUGUCGAGUGGGUCCGCGACCAGAUUCAAUACUUUGGCGGUGAUCCUCAGAAGAUUACAGUCGGCGGACAGUCCUCAGGAUCGUCAUGUGCGCUGGACAUGUUUUACAGCCCUCUUGCUUCUGGGAUGAUUGCAGGUGCGAUCCCUGAGAGCGGUGCUCGCUCGCCCCUCGAUCCGCUGACGGGCUCCCUCGCGACCUCGUAUCGAACGAUGGACACAGCCCUCGCCCAGGGUCAAGAGUUUAUCGCACAGUUCAACGCCACCACGAUUGAGGAAGCGCGACAGAUCACCGUGGCGGAGCUUCUCUCAGGGGAUGGGAUGUACUACCUUGAAGACGACACAACCUUUGAUGACACAGUGUGGUACAACCAGUCGAGUGCCUUUAUGGACCCGCCUCUGUUCAGGCCAGUCCUUGAUGGAUACGUGUUGCAGUACACAUAUGGAGACAGCCUCAAGUACAAUGCACACGCAGACGUUCCGGUCUUGACUGGAAACAACGCCGAUGAGUCUGGCGCCAUGCUAGAUCCUGGUCUCACUGUUGCAAGCUACAAGCAGUUCUUUGACCAGUUCUUCUCGAAUACGAACCUGACGUCGACCUUUUACGAGCUCUGGCCAGGCGAGACCGACGCACAGGCAAACAACAAUAGUAAUGAUUUCUUCCAAGUCGUCGGCCGAGUGUCUUCUUGCGUCCAAGAAUAUGCCAGCUUGAACAGCAGCAACGGUGCCAAUGUCUACACCUAUUAUUUCGACCACUCUCCACCGAUUGACUCUUCCCUCGUUGCGCCGAAUACCCAGGGCACUUACCACGGCGCUGAGCAGCUAUACGUGUUCAAUAACAUCCCGUACAACUACCCUGAUGCCGGCUGGACCUCGAGCGACUAUACAGUCCAGGCACAGUUGGUGCAGUACUGGGUCAACUUCAUCAAAUAUGGCAACCCGAACGGGAACGGGACCGGCAGCAGCGGGAACCUGACGUACUGGCCCGCGAGUGGCAAUGACGGGACGACCAUGUGGCUGGGUGACUCCUGGGGCGCAGACUCCAUUGCCACGGCUGCCAAGAAACAGUUCGUCCUGGACUGGUUUGUUGCAACAGGUUACACUUAUUAG